ACUUCGCAUUUUCCUCUCUUCCUUCCAUCAACCCACACUUGAAUACACACACAGAGACACGAGCGUUUUGGCUUUUGCUCUCGUUGCCAUGGAGCCAAACACCAUGGCCACCUUUGACGAGCAUCGUCCUGCAACUCGUCAUUCCUUAUCGUCGAAGAUCUGCAGAGUGUGCGGCGAUGAGCUCGGGACCCGCGAAAAUGGCGAAGCCUUCGUCGCCUGCCACGUGUGCUCGUUCCCAGUUUGUAGGCCUUGUUACGAGUACGAGAGGAGUGAUGGUAACCAGUGCUGUCCUCAGUGCAACACUCGCUACAAGCGCCACAGAGGUUCUCCAAGAAUUCCAGGAGAUGAAGACGAGAUCAACGGCGGGGAUGAUUCAGAAGAUGAGUAUCAUCAGAUCAAGAAUCGCCGAGAUGCCUCUGUCCACCAGAACUUUGCCUAUGGAUCGGAAAAUGCAGAUUACAGUAACAACCAGCAAUGGCAGCCAAAUGGCCAGGCCUUUUCUUCAGCUGGAAGUGUGGCGGGAAAAGAGUUUGAUGCUGAGAAAGAUGGAUACACAAGCGCAGAGUGGAAGGAACGAGUCGAGAAAUGGAAACAGAGGCAAGAAAAGAGAGGCUUGGUGACCAAAGAAGACAAAUCAAACGAUCAAGCCGAAGAAGACGACUACCUAGAUGCUGAAGCAAGGCAACCGCUAUGGCGAAAAGUCCCAAUCUCAUCGAGCAAAAUCAGCCCUUACCGCAUUGUGAUCGUUGCCCGUCUCGUGAUCCUCGCCUUCUUCUUCCGUUUCCGUAUCCUAACCCCAGCAUAUGACGCGUAUCCUCUCUGGCUUAUCUCCGUCAUCUGCGAGAUCUGGUUCGCUCUCUCAUGGAUCCUCGAUCAGUUCCCCAAAUGGUUCCCGAUCAAUCGCGAAACCUACCUUGACCGCCUCUCCAUGCGAUUCGAGCGCGACGGCGAGGCGAACAAGCUCUUGCCGGUGGAUGUGUUCGUCAGUACGGUGGAUCCGCUGAAGGAGCCGCCUAUAAUCACGGCGAACACUGUUCUCUCGAUCCUGGCCGUCGAUUAUCCGGUGGAGAAGGUCAGUUGCUAUGUCUCGGACGAUGGUGCUUCGAUGCUUUUGUUCGAUACCUUGUCGGAAACCGCAGAGUUUGCGAGGAGAUGGGUUCCGUUCUGUAAGAAGUAUAACGUCGAACCUAGGGCUCCCGAAUUUUACUUCUCUGAGAAGAUCGAUUACUUGAAGGAUAAGGUUCAGCCUACGUUUGUGAAGGAUCGCAGAGCUAUGAAGAGAGAAUACGAAGAAUUCAAGGUGAGGAUCAAUGCCUUGGUGGCGAAGGCUCAAAAGAAGCCAGAAGAAGGAUGGGUUAUGCAAGAUGGAACUCCAUGGCCAGGGAACAACACGCGUGAUCAUCCCGGCAUGAUUCAGGUUUAUCUUGGUAAAGAAGGAGCGUUUGAUGUAGACGGUAAAGAACUGCCUCGCCUCGUGUACGUUUCACGUGAGAAACGUCCUGGUUAUGGCCACCACAAGAAAGCCGGCGCCAUGAACGCUAUGGUUCGGGUGUCUGCUGUGCUCACGAAUGCUCCGUUUAUGCUGAACUUGGACUGUGAUCACUACAUCAACAACAGCAAGGCCGUGAGAGAAGCUAUGUGCUUUCUAAUGGAUCCACAGCUCGGGAAGAAGCUCUGCUAUGUUCAGUUCCCUCAGAGAUUCGAUGGUAUUGACCGCCACGACAGAUAUGCCAACAGAAACAUCGUCUUCUUCGAUAUAAACAUGAGAGGCCUAGAUGGGAUUCAAGGUCCGGUGUAUGUGGGAACUGGCUGCGUAUUCAACAGGCAAGCAUUGUAUGGAUACGACCCACCAGUGUCGGAGAAACGCCCGAAGAUGACAUGCGACUGCUGGCCGUCGUGGUGCUGCUGCUGCUGCGGUGGAAAACGCAAAAAGACCUCAGAGUCCAAGAAGAAAGGGCUCAAGAGCUUGUUCACGGGACUGAGGAAGAAGAAGAACACCAUGAAUUACACGAGAAAACGCUCCGGGCCUGUUUUCGAUCUGGAGGAGAUCGAAGAAGGGCUUGAGGGGUAUGACGAGCAUGAGAAAUCCUCACUCAUGUCUCAGAAGAACUUCGAGAAGAGAUUUGGAAUGUCGCCUGUGUUCAUCGCAUCGACCCUGGUGGAGAAUGGAGGCUUGCCCGAGGGGACGAACACAAAUUCACUGAUCAAAGAAGCAAUUCAUGUGAUCAGCUGUGGGUAUGAGGAGAAGACAGAGUGGGGCAAAGAGAUCGGAUGGAUCUACGGAUCGGUGACAGAGGACAUCCUCACGGGGUUCAAGAUGCACUGCAGGGGCUGGAAAUCGGUGUACUGCAUGCCGAAGAGACCGGCUUUCAAGGGUUCGGCUCCGAUCAAUCUGUCAGAUAGGUUGCACCAGGUGUUGAGGUGGGCCCUCGGGUCAGUCGAGAUCUUCCUGAGUCGCCACUGCCCGCUCUGGUACGCUUGGGGUGGCAAGCUCAAGACCCUUGAACGCCUCGCUUACAUCAACACCAUCGUCUACCCUUUCACUUCCAUUCCUUUGCUCGCCUACUGCACUAUUCCUGCGGUUUGCCUUCUCACUGGCAAGUUCAUCAUUCCUACGAUCAACAACCUGGCGAGCGUUUGGUUCCUGGCUCUGUUCCUCUCCAUCAUCGCCACGGCAGUGCUUGAGCUCCGGUGGAGUGGCGUGACCAUCCAAGACCUAUGGAGAAACGAGCAAUUCUGGGUCAUCGGCGGCGUCUCCGCCCACCUCUUCGCCGUCUUUCAGGGUCUCCUCAAAGUCCUUGCCGGCGUCGAUACCAACUUCACCGUCACCGCCAAAGCCGCCGCCGACGAAUCCGACGAGUUCGGAGACCUUUACCUCUUCAAAUGGACAACCCUCCUAAUCCCUCCGACAACACUCAUCAUCCUCAACAUGGUCGGAGUCGUCGCCGGAAUCUCCGACGCGAUCAACAACGGGUACGGGUCAUGGGGUCCUCUGUUCGGGAAACUGUUCUUCGCGUUCUGGGUCAUCGUUCAUCUUUACCCGUUCCUCAAGGGUCUGAUGGGUCGGCAGAAUCGGACGCCGACGAUCGUUGUGCUCUGGUCGAUUCUUCUGGCUUCGAUUUUCUCGCUCGUUUGGGUUCGAAUCGACCCGUUCUUGCCCAAGCAGACUGGUCCGCUGUUGAAGCAGUGUGGGGUCGAGUGCUAGAUCAGCUUUUAAGGUGUGUUUUGUCGGCUCGCUGUUACGAAUCGUCUGUCUUUCCUUGGCAUUCUACUCUUUGGUCACGGUUUUGACCGGUUUAGGGUUUCGAUCUAAGGGUUUGUAAUAAACUUUUCAAUCCGUAU